ACCGUUGAGGUCGCCAUGGCAGCGAGCCAGCGGGUGAGUGGGCGGGAACCUUGUCGGCUUCUCUCUGAUUGGUCAGCCGUAUGGCUCGUCUCUUCCUCGUCGGUGAGCGGUCUCAGUCGGUUCAUGUUAAAGCGACCAGCAUUCUCGUUCCUUAUCAACCCUCUUCUUUCUCGCACAAUGACAACUAUCCAGGAGACAAAGGAGCUCUUCAGGAGAGCAGAUGCUGUCUGCUUCGAUGUGGACAGCACAGUCAUCAAAGAAGAAGGCAUUGAUGAACUGGCCAAAUUCUGUGGGGUGGGGGAUGUGGUCAGAGAGAUGACUCGUAAAGCCAUGGGCGGCUCGAUGACGUUCAAGAAGGCCCUUACUGAGCGUCUGUCCAUCAUCCGAUGUUCCAGAGAACAAGUAAACAAACUCAUAACGGAUCACCCGCCUCAGCUGACUCCAGGCAUAAAGGAGCUCGUGGACCGUCUGCACAAGCGCAACAUAAAGGUGUUCCUCAUUUCCGGUGGUUUUCGCUGUAUCGUCGAACACGUGGCUUCUCAGCUAAACAUCCCCCUGCAUCACGUCUACGCCAACCGACUCAAGUUCUACUUUAAUGGUGAAUACGCGGGUUUCGACGAAACUCAGCCCACAGCAGAGAGCGGCGGCAAAGGAAAAGUGAUAAGCAUGCUGAAGGAGCAGUACGGCUUCGAAACGGUGGUGAUGAUUGGAGAUGGAGCCACUGAUCUGGAGGCCUGUCCCCCAGCUAAUGCUUUUAUUGGAUUUGGCGGGAAUGUCGUCAGAGCUCAAGUCAAGGAGAGAAGUUCCUGGUAUGUGACGAGCUUCGAUGAGCUGCUCAAGGAGCUGGAGAAGAUUUAAAUAUGCUAGAGGAGUUCUGUUACUAAUUUAACCUUUUAUAUAUUUGCACCCAAAGGUGUGCCAGUCAAGCUUUUUAUCCAGUACACUCAAUAGACUUUUUUUAUGAACAGAAGUAUUUACAAUAGACAAACUUCACUUUAAUGUUGUUUUUUGUACUAAAAAAAGUAACCAAGCACUGUGUGAGAGGACAUUAAGUUUUAGUGUUUUUGCACUUAUCACAUCAGAAUCUGAUAACUUGUAGGUAUUAUAUAAUGGCAUGUGCAAUAAGAACUGUCCUAGAAAUGUGUUCAAUACUAAGAGAACUGUAACCUGACUUGACUGUCAAAAGCUGUGGCGACUUCAGUCCUUUUAGGAGAAUCCCAAUUAAAGACCAGAACGUGCUGUAAAGAA